ACUUGCCAUGUUUCAAUGGACAACAAUAACAAUAACACACAAAAACAAUUCCACAGCUACAUAUCCACCACACCAUGGCCACAACCACCAUGUUCUCAUCACCAUCGGCAAUUCUCUCCUCAGCCGCCACAACCACCACCCCAAAACCAUCCUCUGCAGCACCACACUCCCCAUCAUGCAAGCAUCCUCUUCUACUACCCUUCAAACAGCCCUUAACAACCUUAACUGCCGCCGCCGCCAUCGCCACUAUUUUAACCUCCGCUCCAACACCCUCCUUAGCACAAGAGUCCCUCUCAUAUAAAGUCUACUAUGGCACCGCCGCCAGCGCCGCGAACUACGGCGGGUAUGGUGGCAACUCCAGCAAGAAGGACUCUGCUGAGUAUGUCUACGACGUGCCUGCUGGCUGGAAGGAACGGUUGGUGUCUAAAGUCGAGAAGGGUACCAAUGGAACGGACAGUGAGUUUUAUAACCCAAGAAAGAAGGCAGAGAAAGAGUACCUCACUUUUCUCGCCGGGUUUCGCCAACUUGCGCCAAAGGAUGUGAUUUUGAACAACUUGGCACUGUCUGAUGUGGACCUGCAGGACCUGAUUGGCAAUGCUGACAGUGUGACCUCUGAGGAGGUGAAGGAUGAUAAGGGGCAGCUGUACUAUGUGUAUGAGAUUGAUGGUGUUGGCACUCAUAGCUUGAUCUCAGUGACUUGUGCUAAGAACAAGCUCUAUGCACAUUUUGUCAAUGCUCCUACUCCUGAGUGGAACAGAGAUAAGGACGUGUUGAGGCAUGUUCAUGAGUCUUUUAAGACUGUGGGGUCUUUUUAGUUGGCUUGUGGUGUUUUGUAUUUUGUAGAGGUAAUGGAUGAUUAUCUAUUAUGAGGAUGAGGAUGGUUUCUUUUGAUGAUAAAUUUUAAGUUUUUCCUACUUGUCUGCUUGAUUCAAUUUUUGGCAUAGUUAGCUUCAAUUUGGAACUGUUUUAAAUAGAGUGUAGCUGUUGCAAGGUGUAAGUCUAGGUUGUUUGUGGUUGAACUUGCGAGUGUUCUUGUAGUUGUUUGUAGCUUGAAAAACUGAAGGAUGUUGUUGGACUUUUUCAUGUAAAAUUCAAAAUUUAGGGAUUU